CAGCAACAACAGCAACAGCAACAGUUCUCGACAACGCCGCCACCUAUGCAAAAUCCAAUGAUGUCAAACGGUAGUCAAACCCCCACUCAGUUACAAAUGCAGCAAAUGCAGAUUCAAUUGCUUCAACAACACUUGAUGCAACAGCAAUUAUCUAAUAAUAUCAAUACUGCCAAUAACGAUGGAGCUAUGAACAAUGCAUUCCAGUAUCAAAUGCUUGCUUAUAAUCUUUUAUCACAAAAUUUGGCAAACAAUAAUGCGCCCAUAUCUUCAGUGCCAGCCAAGUCAGAAGGAAUGACAGCACCUACUCAAGCCAUACAGACACCGAACGACCCUGCAGGCAUCAUUGGUCAAGAUCAAAUAAUGAAUACAGCAGGAUCUACGGUAUCAGAACAACCUUCAGCACCACCCAAGACGAUGGCUGAGCGAUUGGUGGAUGUCAUUUAUCUGCAAGCUGUAGAAUAUAAUAGAAUCAAACAAGAUAAAAAAGAGAUGACGGUUACUGAUGAAUUAAAUGAGGGCCUCAAGAUUACAGCAUAUGAUCUCUUAUACGGACAUGAUAGAUCUCAUGCUCACUCAUCAAGACAGCAACGAUUACUCUUACCUGAGCGAUUACCAGCAGGGCUUGAUCCUUUGACGGUCUUAUCUGAACGUGAGAGAAGAAUAGAGAAAAGAGCUGCAGAUCGCUUGAAGGAACUGGAAACAUUAACCGACGAACAAAAGUUACCACUGGGCUAUUUGUUGACGGAGUAUUAUGAUGAAACAGUCAGGACAGCUUCUCCUGAACGAUUGAAGCAUAUAGUCCAACUUCGCUCGUUGCAAUUAAGAGAUAAGCAACAAAAGCUACGUGAGGAGGUGGUUCAAAAUCUGGAGGAGGCAAGUCGAUUGGCAAAUUCAGUUGAUCGCACUUCUUAUCGCAAGAUAAUGAAGCGAACACUGCGUGAUGCCAAAUUGACUGAAAAGCUCGAAAGACAACAACGAAUUGACAGAGAAAAGAAGGAGAAACAGCGACACUUGGAUUAUCUACAGACAGUUUGUAAUCAAGGUAGAGAUUUGAUUGCUUGGCAUAAAGCGCACCAGGCCAAGAUGGGUAAGCUGGGUAAAGCCAUUCUACAAUACCACGCCCAUAUUGAAAAGGAAGAACAAAGAAAGGCAGAUAAACGAUCCAAGGACCGUAUUCGAGCACUUCGUAAUGACGAUGAAGAGGCCUAUCUUAAAUUGAUUGAUGAAGCCAAGGAUACACGAUUGACACUGUUACUACAACAAACAGGCGCCUAUUUAGAAUCGCUGACGAAAGCUGUGGUAGAGCAGCAGAAUGAAAACAUGCAGUUUGAAGAUAGUGGCUUGAAUGACGAUGAACCGAUAGAUGAAGAAAUGAUGUUGACGGAUAAAAAUGGAAAGAGGAUAGAUUAUUACAAGAUGGCACACCGUGUUCAAGAAGAGGUUUCACAGCCUAAUAUUUUAGUGGGUGGCAAGUUGAAGGAAUAUCAGAUCAAAGGCCUCCAAUGGAUGGUAUCUCUUUAUAAUAAUCGAUUGAAUGGUAUAUUGGCAGAUGAAAUGGGCUUGGGUAAAACAAUCCAAACCAUUAGCUUAAUCACCUAUUUGAUCGAGAAAAAGCAGCAAAAUGGACCUUUCCUUAUCAUUGUACCACUAUCGACAUUAACCAACUGGGCCCUUGAAUUUGAAAAAUGGGCGCCUUCAGUAACCACUGUCAUCUAUAAGGGACCGCCUGAGGUGCGUAAAGAGAUACAAAAAAAGUCUAUUCGACACAGAGAUUUUCAAGUGUUGAUUACAACGUUUGACUACAUCAUCAAAGAUAAGCCUGCGCUGUCAAAGAUAAAGUGGAAAUAUAUGAUUAUUGAUGAAGGUCAUCGUAUGAAAAAUACACAAUCCAAACUGACGAUCGUACUCAGACAAUACUACACAUCAAAUUAUCGACUCAUCUUGACGGGUACACCUUUACAAAACAAUCUACCCGAACUGUGGGCGCUGUUAAACUUUAUAUUACCCAAGAUAUUUAAUUCUGUUAAAAGUUUUGAAGAAUGGUUUAAUACACCGUUUAAUAACCAAGGCGUACAAGAUAAAGUAGAGUUAAACGAAGAAGAACAGCUGCUGAUCAUUAAGCGUUUACACAAGGUGCUUCGACCUUUCUUGCUUAGAAGAUUGAAGAAAGAUGUAGAAUCAGAGUUACCUGAUAAAAUUGAAACAGUGAUCAAAUGUAAACUGUCAGCCCUUCAAGCUAAACUGUACACCCAAAUGAAGAAAUACGGUAUUCUGUUUGGCUCGAAUUCGAAUAAUGGCAAAACAAGUAUCAAGGGUUUAAAUAACACAAUUAUGCAAUUGCGAAAGAUAUGUAAUCAUCCUUUUGUAUUUGAAGAAGUUGAACGAGUAGUCAACCCAUACAAAGUGAGCAAUGAGUUGCUUUACCGUGUAUCAGGCAAAUUUGACCUAUUAGACCGCAUUCUGCCAAAGCUGAGAGCAACUGGCCAUAGAGUAUUGGUAUUUUUCCAGAUGACUCAGAUUAUGGAUAUUAUGGAAGACUUUUGUAUCUAUAGAGGCUAUCGACAUUUGAGAUUAGAUGGCUCAACUAAGGCUGACGACCGAUCCAACAUGCUUAAACUAUUUAAUGCACCUAAUUCACCUUAUUUUAUAUUUUUAUUAUCCACUCGUGCUGGUGGCCUCGGACUUAAUUUACAAACGGCAGACACAGUCAUCAUCUUUGACUCUGACUGGAACCCGCACCAAGAUUUACAAGCACAGGAUCGUGCUCAUCGUAUUGGUCAGACAAAGGAAGUCCGUAUCUUUAGAUUGAUCACAGAAGAUUCGGUUGAAGAGAAUAUUCUGGCAAGAGCGCAGUACAAGCUAGACAUUGACGGAAAAGUGAUUCAGGCGGGUAAAUUUGAUCACCGCAGCACAGAAGAGGAUCGUGAGGCCUUCCUGAGAUCCUUAUUGGAAGACAAAAGUAAUGCAAGAGACGAAGAACAGAGUGACGAAUUAGAUGACGAGGAAUUAAACACGAUAUUAAAGCGUUCGGACCAGGAAUACGCAAUAUUCACAAAGAUUGAUCUUGAAAGACAACGAACAGACUUGGAAGACUGGAAGAGGAAAUAUGGAGAGAACAGUGGCAAGAAACCAGAAAGGCUGAUACAGGAAUGGGAAUUACCAGAGAUAUAUCGAAAUGAUGCCAUGUUGGACAUGUACGAAGCUGAUCCAUUAGAUUCAGUGUUUGGCAGAGGACAACGAGUGAAAGAAACAGUUGUUUAUUCAGAUAGUAUGACAGACAGACAAUGGCUGAGACAAAUCGAAAGAGACGAGGAUGACGAAAAGAGAGCUCUUAAACGCGCUAAAUAUUGAUGAUAUAUGCAAACGAUUCCAUUUCAAUAAACUAAAAACAAAUUCCCUUCCUAUUUCAAACCCCAAAUCACUUCUUGUUCUAUUUUUUAUUUUCUAUAUCUUGCUUUACUUAUUUUUAUACAUAUUUGCAAAGACACUUGCUUUGUCAUUUAGUAAGAAAAGACAG